AUGGCCCUCCAGUAUAAAAAAACAGAUCGGGGCGCGCAUGAGGCUCGCUUCCUCGGGCUUAGAGCAUUACGAUCAUCUUCUUACCCACACCCAGCACCGUUUGACACAUUUUAUGAAGAUCGGCGAGGGGUCGAGCCAAAUCAGCAAAGAUUGUUCCGGAUCGCACGGGACGACCUAUGA